CUUUACUCCCGCGGCGCCGGCAGCCGCAGCACUUCCGGGUCGGCGCGGAGGCGGGGCAGAGGCGCCGAGGAGGCUGUUAUUGUUCGAGUGGGCUCGGCCGGGCGCUCUCUUACUCGGCUCCGGCGGUGUCAGUUUGUCUGGCUUCCUCUCAGCCCCUCACUCCCGGCGGCUGACGGCGGCGACGGCGGCGGCGGCGGGCGGGGCCUGGCGUUUCGAGGCCGAGCGGCGCCGGGGUGAGGGGCGCGGAGGAGGAGGAGGAGGAGGAGCAGUAGCCGGAGGAGGAGCCGUGUGCCCUGGCACCAAGCGGCCGCGGCGAUGGCGUACGCUUAUCUCUUCAAGUAUAUCAUCAUCGGCGACACAGGUGUUGGUAAAUCAUGCUUACUGCUACAGUUUACAGACAAGAGGUUUCAGCCAGUGCAUGACCUUACUAUUGGUGUAGAGUUCGGUGCUCGAAUGAUAACUAUUGAUGGGAAACAAAUAAAACUUCAGAUAUGGGAUACGGCAGGGCAAGAGUCCUUUCGUUCCAUCACAAGGUCAUAUUACAGAGGUGCAGCAGGGGCUUUACUAGUGUAUGAUAUUACAAGGAGAGAUACAUUCAACCACUUGACAACCUGGUUAGAAGAUGCCCGUCAGCAUUCCAAUUCCAACAUGGUCAUUAUGCUUAUUGGAAAUAAAAGUGAUUUAGAAUCUAGAAGAGAAGUAAAAAAAGAAGAAGGUGAAGCUUUUGCACGAGAACAUGGUCUUAUCUUCAUGGAAACUUCUGCUAAGACAGCUUCCAAUGUAGAAGAGGCAUUUAUUAAUACAGCAAAAGAAAUUUAUGAAAAAAUCCAAGAAGGAGUCUUUGACAUUAAUAAUGAGGCAAAUGGCAUUAAAAUUGGCCCUCAGCAUGCUGCUACGAACGCCACACAUGCAGGCAGUCAGGGAGGGCAGCAGGCGGGGGGAGGCUGCUGUUGAGUCCGCCUUCCUGCCUCGCCGCCCACGUGGGGCCUGCCCGCCGUUUCCUUCCCCCCCUGCUCAGCUGAGACAUGAAACUAUUCCAAAUGGCUUUAUGUCACAGAAGACUUUACUCUUUCAAAUUCUUGUAUAACUUUGAAUAAAUGGUUAAUGUUCACUUAAAAAAGACAGAUUUUGGAGAUUGUAUUCAUACCUAUUUGCAUUUGAUUUCUAGGUCAAUUGAUGUGAUUAUUUUUGUUAAAUGUUGUCUUGUGCAACCCACGAACUGAAUUGUAUUAAACACUACAGAGUCAUCUUGAGUAUUUUCAAUCAGUUUGUGUCGUUAGGUUUCCCAACACCUAAUGUUUAAUAUUAACAGAACUGUCCUCAAAAAGUUGGUCGAUUUUCAAGGCUAUAAGAAAAAGCAGAAGGACUCUUUUCAUUCUGUAUUUAUCAUUUACUUUCUGUAUAUAUAGUUUAAUAACCUGCUUGGGUGUAAUUUGCCAAGCUUGAAUUCAUUAAUGCAUUUGCAUAAAUUCUAUCCUGUUUAGAGCUUAAAGCUACCGAAGCAUUGUUAGGAAUUGCUUGGACACUGAAUUUUAAACUUUUUGACAUUGUUAGCUAGCAUGUUCAUCUUUUCUUGUCACUAGUCCAAGAAAAAUAUGCUUAAUGUACAUUACUAAAGGCGAUGUAUGUGUUAACCUGUUUUAAUGCCAAAAGUUUGCUAUUUGUCCACAAUUUCUUUAAGACCUCUUCAGAAAAGGAUCUGUUUGCCUUAAUGAAUACUGUUGGAUAAAAACAGUAUAAUGAGUGCAAUGGGCAGAGGCAAGCACUCCGUACACCUAAGCGACCCCAAGAACGAAUGUCCACAUUCACAUGGCACAUUAUGAGGACGUUAAUUUUUUCUUAGACACAAUAAUGUUUUCUUUUUCUUUUAUUCACAUGAUUUCUAAGUAUAUUUUUCAUGCAGGACAGUUUUUCAACCUUGAUGUACAGUGACUGUGUAAAACUUCCUUUCAGUGGUAACCUAUAAUCUUUAAAAUAUGGUAAGCAUCUUGUCUGUUUUGAAGGGGAUAUGACAAUAAAUCUACCAGAUGGAAAAUCCUGUUAAAAAGUAGAAAAGCUUUAGUAAUUUACUCAGUGUGGUGGUUUUAUCCUUUUUUUCCCCUUCUUUUUCUCCCUUGGUCUUAUAAUGAAAUUGUUAUAGCAGUGCAAAAUAAAAUCCUAUGUAUAAAAGUGUUCUUUUUUUUUUAUUAUGACCACAUCAUUUUGUAUAUUUUUAGUCCAUCCACAGCUUUUACAUGUAUUUAAGCAUAUUUUUAAUGGGUCAGAAUGUUUAACACUUACUAAAAAUUUUGCCAAAAGGAGAUAAAACUUUUCACAACAUUGAAAUUCAUUUUGUUAUGAUGUAAGCAAUAUUUUCUACUUCUCAACCAGCACAAAAGCACAUUUAAACUAUAAGAAGGCUUUGUAAGAAAGUACUAAGUAUGAGACUACUUUUAAUUCACUCACUGACCAACUUUCUACAGGUCUUCCCUGAAUAUUCAGCAAUACUCUGUUAAAGUUUUAACUUUACUCUUGUGGGAAGCCUUCUAAUGCCAUCUUAGUUUUGUCUUAACUAGCUCCUGGAGGGCAGAGGGAAAAGGGAGAGGAAACGGAGUUUCUUGAGUAUUUCUGUUAUAAACUUUUUUUUUCACUUAAAGUGGUCAUAUCAAUUUCAUUGAUCUCUCUGUAGUGAUGAGUCAAAAAGGUUAAGGCACCUAGGAUUCGUUCUAGUCUGUACCAAGAAGAGGAUGAUUCUUUGGAAACUGUUAUUUUUAAAUUGCUCUUAACUUUUCCAGAAGUUUAAUGUGUUUUUUCUCCAUGCUGUCUCGCCUAAUUCUUUUGUAAGCCAAGUAUAAGAAAAGCAACUAAUGGCAAAAACAAACAACAGACCAGCACAUGUCUUUUAAUAACGUAAGAAAAGAUGGAGCCUUCAAAUACAGCUCCUACCACCGCAACUUUGAACCUGCCUCAGGCUUGGGCUGCGAAGUGAGCAGUGAGUGAGUUCAUUACCACUUUCUCUCCAAAUAUCAUCUACUUACAUCAGUUGACAAUGUUACUGUCUGCUUUCUACUCUUUGCUCAUUUUAUCCCUAUGACAAAUAAUGUAAUAUUGGCACCUGUAAUUGAAUCUUUAAUACUGUAAUUGAGUCUUUAAUCUUUGAUCAGUUUUGUAGCAUCAUAUGGACAUGUUUUAAGAGUUAGAAAAUCAGUCACUAAAGAAAUAAAUACAACUUUUAAUGUCUCAA